CGCUUCUCCUUUCUCCACUGUGGUCUCGGGCUGGCAGGGAGCCCCAGAUCCCCGUGGCUUCAGCCAGCUUUCCCGGCCCUACAUGGGAGGAGAGAUGCCCUGGACCAUUCUGCUGUUUGCAUCUGGCUCCUUGGCCAUCCCUGCACCGUCCAUCCUCCUGGUGCCGCCCUACCCAAGCAGCCAGGACGAUCCCAUCUACAUCUCAUGCACAGCCCCAGAGGACAUCCUAGGGGCCAACUUCACCCUGUUCCGAGGGGGAGAGGUGGUCCAGCUCCUACAGGCCUCCUCAGAUGGGCGUGGUGUAAUAUUCAAUGUGACUGGUGGUGGCGGUGAGCCUGCUUGGGGGAAUUUCCGCUGUCAGUAUGGUGUGCUGGGUGAGCACAGUCAGACCCAGCUGUCGGACUUCAGCCAGCAGGUGCAGGUCUCCUUCUCAGUCCCCACCUGGAUCUUGGCGCUCUCUCUGAGCCUGGCUGGAGCUGUCCUCCUCUCAGGGCUGGUGGCCAUCACAGUACUGGUGAGAAAAGCUAAAGCCAAAAACUUACAGAAGCAGAGAGAGCGUGAAUCCUGUUGGGCUCAGAUCAACUUCACCAACACAGACAUGUCCUUUGAUAACUCUCUGUUUGCCAUCUCCACGAAAAUGACUCAGGAAGACUCCAUGGCAACCCUGGACUCAGGGCCUCGAAAGAGGCCCACUUCUGCAUCAUCCUCUCCAGAGCCCCCUGAGUUCAGCACUUUCCGGGCCUGCCAGUGAGGCUGAAGAAUGAGGACUCCUUAUCCAGUUCUUUCCCUCCGACUGCCCGGGCUGCAGAAACUGGACAUCUAUCUGUCCAGAGACUUGGCAGUAGGGAGGGUCAAGCUACAGCUUUCUUAGGGAAGGACUGGCCAAAGGAAGGGGACUCCUAGUGUUGUUACCUUCCUCACAGAAGUCAAGAAAAUUAGUUGAGGUAUCAGCCUAGAAGCUAGACAGAGAGCCGGAACUUUUUUGUAGAUUCCCAGAUCACCAGAGAGGUGUCAGUAUUGAAUCAGGACACCCAGCCAGGCCUAAGAGGUCUGUAUUCUGUACCUCUUUUCCUGUAUUUCCCCAACUGUAACUGAUUUCCAGACUGAGUGAUUUAUUUUGGGGAGAGAUGUGUAUAUUUUUGUUGCUAUUGUUGUUUCUAGAUAGAGUCUCAACUGUGUAGCCCUGGCUGUCCUGGAACUCACUAUGUAGACCAGGCUGGCCUCAAACUCAUAGAGAUCACCUGCUUCUGCCUCCAGAGUGCUGGGAUUAAAGUGCCUGCCACAACACCU